GGAGCGCCAAGGUUUCCCAAGUCCCCUCCAGUAAAAUUGUACGGCUUCUUAGGUAGAGAAACAAAAGUGGAAUGUGACCUAUUUGGAAACCCCACCCCUGAAGUUCAAUGGAACAGAUCUCCCUCGUCUCCUCUCCCUCCGGGACGUAGUCAGGUGAAAAAAGACGGACUUUAUAUUAACAACACGAAGAAAGAGGACGAGGGCAUCUACACGUGUCUUGCGACGAAUGAAUAUGGUAUGGUCAUCCAUGGAACAUACCUUAUAGUCAAGGCAGUGGGUAAGUAAGAACUAAUCAGAUUAACUGCAAAGGACCGCAAACGAAUAUGCGGCAGAACGAAGGAUCUCAGAGGAAGACCUGACCAGCAAUAAAUAUACCAAGUUGAGUCAGACUACGAAUGUUCGUUAAUAAUUUCUCAAGUGCACGUGCUAAUAUAGAGCUAAUACUUUGUCCUUUGGCUUACCACAUGGAAACCAUCUAAAGCUGUUGUGUUCUCUUUUAAUUAUAUUAUAAUGAAUAACAAUAUUGUGAACUUUCGGAUUUUUAUAUAAAUUUAUCUCUGUUGAAAAUGCAUGUUGAAUAGCACACGCAACUUCAAGUUUAUACAGAAAUGCGGAAGUUCACAAUUUUCAUCAAUUUUGAUUUACAGCUAUUCAAGUUAAGCCGUUUCCGGUGGGGUUGGUAAGACCCCCCAAUUCUUUCUUCUACAAGCCACAAGUUAGUAAUUGGCUUUAGUUUUGGUACUAGUUCUUGCUACUAACGGGUUGGAAAUAUGAUCUCCACUCAGAACCUCCAGUUUUUACCGUAACACCACCUGAAGCAGUCAACAUAUCCGGUGUAGAGGAACCAGUCAGAAUCAAUUGCUCAGCUACAGGCUCCCCUCUGCCCAAAAUCACCUGGUACAAGAACAAUAUUACCCUACCUGCGAACAUUUACGUCAACGAUGACGAAGUAACUAGCGAGCUUGUGAUUGGUCAACCUAAGCCCUCUCUCCAAAUCACUUAUACGUGUGUUGCUCGUAACUUGUACAACGACGAACUAAAGAUAAGUACAAAAAUAGGUGAGGUGUGCUUGAAAACGCAAGCGUAGUCUUUCUGUCCUCUUCGCCACAAUUGGGAGAUUGCGGUUCUCCAUAAAAAUCAAGGUGCCUUGAUGAGAAGAUCACUAAACCCCGACUCGCAGGUUUAAGUCAAACAAGAGCUAUCAUUUGGGGCUAAAUAUGGGAACAAGUCCCCUUGCUCUUAGCUUGCACUCAAUUUAUUUUUUCAACAUCACAAUAUCUGGACUAAGGAGUUUAGUCAUAACCGUUACAAUUUCCUCAAAUUUGACGGGCCGUGCUUAAGGGGGCUCUACUUUCCACUAAUCAUUGUAUAUAUAGGGUUGUAAUCGGACAGUGUAAUAUGACAGUUGGUUGUAAUCGUAUCGAACACUAGUAUCGGACAGCUACAUUAGCCAAUAAUAUUAAGUGCACUCAGCUAAAUACACCAAUCACACUUGUACUGAAGUUAUCACGAUAACCAUAGCAAUAACCAGUAACCCUACUAACCUGGGCAUUUUCCAAAAUGGACGAAUUUGUAACACUAGACAGUGUCUCCUGCAGUGAUAUUUUCCCUAAUUUUGGACAUUUGGUAUUCAAAUGCUCUUUCACUAAAAAGAAUCCAUUUAUUUUCUCGGACAUUGUAAAGGUUACGACUAAUUGGCAACGAGACUUCGUGUCGUCCAAUUCGGUCUGUAAUCAUAAACAAAAAUCGGAUUUUGUUAAUCACUCGUGUGAUUACAGACCGAAUUAGACUCCACUCAGUCCUAUUUCCCUUAAAAGAAAUUAAGUUUUUAUCUAAUUUUCAUGCAUUUACCGCCAGAAGUAAAUUCCCGGGAGCAUUCUAGAAAUGUAUUACCUGCACCCGCUGAUCAACAGCUAUAGAAAUUUUUGUAUUUAUCACUAACGUCUUAACUGCAACCGCUCAAACUUUUUUAAAAACCUUUUCUUUCUUUUUUCUAGUUUUACGCGAUUGUGGUGACCCAGGAAAACCUGACAAUGCAAUUGUUGUAAGCCAGAGCAAAAAUUACUGGGCAGGAGAGUAUGUCAGGUACCUCUGUAAUCCGGGAUAUGCUAUGGUUGGUCCAGCGGUAAGAAGAUGCUUGCCCAGCGGCAAAUGGAGUGGAAAUAUACCAACAUGUAAGAGUCAAAGUUAAAAAAUUAAAUAAUUGUGUAAAUCGAUGAUGAUGAUGAUAAUAAUAAUAAUAAUAAUAAUAAUAAUAAUGUUGGCAUCCGGUCUGUCUCGGGAGACAAUGUAAUUGGCGCCAGGGUUUAGUCAGUGGUUUAGUCGCAGCGCCUUCUGUGGCUGGGGAACAAUCCGAUUCUGGAUCGGGACGCUUUGCGUUGCAGUUGUUGCAGAUAAAUUCCAUGUAUGGAUCUGUGGGUACUGAUGCUGCCCACAGCCGUCUGCGCCUGGGUCCUCUCCUCACACGCCUGAGUGCUUUCCUCAACAGCAAGCCCCCAGUGGCCUCGGUCUACAGCUACAGCUUCCCAGGUUGCAGGGUUGAUAUUGCCUGCUUUCAGAUCUCGUUUACAAACUUCUAUGAAACGACAAGUAGGCCUCCCUGCAGGUCUGGUUCCAGUGGCAUAGCUCGCCGUAGAGUACGUGGCAUGGCCAAACCAGCGCAACCGUCUCUGAAUGAGCAAGGAGAACAUGGUAGCUACUUCCGCCUGUGCUAGAAAAUCAUUGUUUGGGACAUAUAAGUAGUUAACGCCUGGACUAAGUGGUAUAAAAUAUUGAUUAUACCUUCAGCACAGAUGAUGGCACUGAAUUAAAAUUUGGCACACAUAAAGAACUCAUUGUCGUUGUUAACAUUUUAAAGUAAAAAUAUUGUGUUAAUACGUCAGGCGAUAUGUCAUGUGACCAUUUCGCUAAAAAUCGUAAAUUAUUGAUCAAUUAGUUGCCAGUUUAAGAUAAGAAAUCCAGCAAUAACAUUUUUCUAAUUCAUAUUAAAUAUUUCUAAGACUUCACGUUUGGAGUGACCGUCCCGUGCACUUCAAUAAAAAACAUAUGCGGGGAAACGUCAUUUUAAAUGCCCAAAUUUAAUCUUCAAUUAUUUGAAACUUCAAUUUUAAACGUCGCGUACAUUCAUUCAAAACGUAGAAAGUAAGGGUAGCUUAUCCUCUUUCAGAGAUGCCACUUUGUUUAUCCACUCAAAGUAAAUUCGCCACCAAUUCGCCAGUUUUCUUCAUUUUCAACGUUAAGGUACAAGAAAACCUCAAGAUUUACUUUUGUUGAGAAAUCCAUUUUGUCCUAGGUCUCCUAGCGAGAGAUAUUGCUAGUCAUUCAUAUGCUCAGAACACACCUUUAACCCGGGCCUUAAAUCCCUUGAGACGGCCUUGCCAGCUGAUGCCCAAAAUCCUUCCGAGGCAGCGCCGGUGGAUGGUGUGGGGUCUGCGCUGUUGGCGGGAGUAGAGGGUCCAGGUCUCUCCCUAGAGCAACGCAGGACUGGUACACAAAGUCCUCCAUCACCUCGAGAGUGUAGUCGCCAGUGGAGAAGUUUGGGGUCCUGCUAAUAUCUUGGCCAAGGAUGUUGAUCUUCUUGAGACUGUUGGUGAGACCAAACCCGCUCGAAGGAGCUGAUAAGUCGCCUUAAAGCACCCUCAGUGUGCGUGGGCGGUUAGGACAGCGUCGUCUGCAAACAGCAACUCCCAUAUCAGUACUUUACGAACCCUGGCCUUUGCUCAGAGGCGUGCAAGGUUGAAGAGAUGUCCAUCACUUCUGGUGUGAAGGUACACACCAUCCUCUGACUGGCUGAAGGCGUAAGACAGCAAUAGAGAGAAAAUGACGCCGAAGAGUGUCGGAGCAAGUGCACAGCCCUGUUUUACUCUGCUCUUGGUUGGGAAGAGGUCUAAGGUUGAGCAAUCGUACUGGAAUUCAUAUACAUUUAUCACAUUCACCUCUUUAACCGGGCAGGAUUAGCUCCGUCGGUAGAGCGCUUGACUGCAGAGCGGGAGGUUCGAUUCCCGCGACCUGAACAACACACAGGGUCUUAAAAUGACUGAGAAAUGAAGGUAUUGCCUUUGCCCAGCAAACGGCUAGACCCUCGCGUGGCUCGGAUGACCACGUAAAAUAGCGGUCUCGUCUCCAGUAGGAGACGUAAAAAUAGUACUAAAUACAUUGACUCUCAUAUGUCAUAUGUUCCAAUGGAACAUAUGAACACAUAAUUGACGAACUCCCAACAUCAGUGGCUUCAUAGCUUAGUUGGUUAGAGCAUAGCACCGGUAUUGCGAGAUCACGGGUUCAAACCCCGUUGAAGUCCUGAAUUUUUUUUUUUUUUCAGGCUUCUUAGGCAAUUGCAUAAAUUGCGCNACAUCAGUGGCUUCAUAGCUUAGUUGGUUAGAGCAUAGCACCGGUAUUGCGAGAUCACGGGUUCAAACCCCGUUGAAGUCCUGAAUUUUUUUUUUUUUUCAGGCUUCUUAGGCAAUUGCAUAAAUUGCGCUCACAACUGCGAGGAUCAUUCUUCAUUUGAUUUCAUUUCCGCAGUUCUUAUAUGAAUAAUUUCAUAUGCAUCUAUCACUUUGAGUACUUCGUCUGCUGAGGGUGGAACGUACGUUAAGUUUAUUCAUGACAGGUAGGAGGUUGUUUCUCCCAACUGCAGUGUCAGUGACGAAGUUCUCCCUAUAGUGUAGCUCUUGGUAGUGGCUCUUGGUAGCGGCGAGCGAUCCUUUGGGCAUCGACGUCUUGGCCUUCCUGAGUGCAGUACGUGAGUGUCUUAUCAGAGGACUCCCUCUUGUAGUCGAGCACUGCUGCUCUCUUGCAAAAGCUGCCAUCACUGGCUCGAGCUUUCGGUAAUGUCAGCUUCACAGCAGUCUGUAAGCAGUUUGUGUCCUGCCUCUUUUUCUUGCCAACGGCGUCCAUGGCCGAGUUGUAAAUUGCGAAACGGAUAUGGUAAUUUUCCCCAGCGCUUGAUGUGGAGAAGUCCCUUAGGACCUCUUCAAUGGAGUCAGCAACGCCCUCAUGCAGGUCUGGUAUUGCUGUCCUAGCCGUGUUGUAGCCUGCGAUCAGGCGUAUUUUUUUUUUGUUUUGUUUUUCGGAAGGACACCUGAUCGCGGGUUAGCGCUGUGUUGAUGCUUGGGCGUCCUUUUAUGCUAGGGUUGAGGGCUUGCCUUCCUACCCACCAGAGAGUGUUCGGUGUCGCAUUCAGCGCUGUCGUAGCUGCGCGUACUGAGGACACAGUUAAGAAGGGGUCUUCAAGUGAUAACAACAUCCAGCUGGUGCCAGUGACGGAAUCUUAUCUGGGGUGACGCCAGGAUAGUUCAUGGUUAGGCUUGGUUGAGACGAAGGUGUUGGUUACGGAUAUUUCCAACCCGCUCGUCUGCUAAGAAAGUGUAUACGUAUGGUACUUAAUGCCCUGAAUUUCCGAGUUCUAAAAAAACUCUCAUUUCAAAACGAGGCUAUGUAUUGUAAAAAACCUUUCGUUCAAAAAGGAGUUUCGUUUGCGUGAAAUAAAAAAAAAAUCAUUUUCUUAUCUAUAGCUUCGCACCUUGCCUCGCUUCGAAUAAAAGUCCUUUACAAGUUACUUAAUAUUUAAUGAAAGUCAAUUCCCUUCAUUGACUUUAUUGUUUUGUCGUUUGUUUGUUUUUUCAGGUACAGAAAAGCCUGAAUGCGAGCCUUACUGGACCAUAGAUGACAACACUAGACGGAAAAGUUUUACGGCGUCACGAACUAAUAAGAAUGACUACUAUUUGGCUGAAGGAUGGUACAGGUUUAUAUCAGGCAAACAAAUGUCCACAAGUUGUAGUUAUAGAACCAGCUAUUGCGAUACUUCAUAUGCAGGAUGGUUGCAGGGAAGCCAUCCGUCAGUGAAGGAAGGGGUGGUCUCUCGGAAAGUGUGUUUUGGCAAUACUGGUUCACGUUACAGUAGUUACUGUAGUUGUCAAUAUAGUACAUAUAUAAAGGUGCGAAACUGCGGUUCUUUCUACAUCUACAAACUGAAACCCACACCAAAUCAGAACUGUCGUUAUUGUACUGAAUACUAA